AUGGCAAUGUAUGUAGGAGCAGAAACAGCAGUACGGAUGGAUUAUGGUGAUAGUGAAAGCUUUGAGGUAAAGGUAGGACUUCAUCAAGGAUCCGUGCUGAGUCUAUUAUUUAUCUUAGUAAUAGAUGUGGUGGCUAGAGAAAUGCGUGAAGGACUUCCCUGGGAGCUAUUAUAUGCAGAUGACCUUGUAUUAAUGGCACACAAUGAGGAAGAAUUGAGGGAUAAAAUUAGUAAAUGGAAGAUGACUAUGGAAGCAAAGGGGAAAAUGAAUGCAUCAAAGACAAAGGUGAUGAUUGGUGGGGAAAAUCUAAAGAUGGAGGAAGGUAAGUGGCCUUGUGGUGCAUGUGGGAAAGGAGUUGCUAGAAAUUCAAUCCAAUGCACAAGAUGCCAGAAAUGGGUACAUAAUAGAUGUAGCGGGAAAAAAGUAAGUUUGAUGUUAGCAAGAAUGACUUUUAUUUGUAGAACAUGCAUGAAAGUGAUACAUAAUAGUGAUAACAUAGAAAAUGGUGGUCUGGAUAUUGGCAAUGGGUUAACCAAUUCUGCUGUUGUUGCAAGGGUCAGACAAGCUUGGAAGAAAUUCAGAGAUGUCAUCAAUUUUAGAAAUAAAAAAGUCUCACUGAAGUUAAAGGGGAAAGUUUACGUAAGCUGUGUGAGGAGUUUAGUUUAUGGCGGCGAAAAAUGGGCAAUGAAAUCUACUCACGAAGAAUUAGAAAGAACAGAGAUGAGGAUGAUUAGAUGGAUGUGUGGGGUAUCUCUGAGAGAGAGAAAAACUAGCAAGGAAUUGAGAGCAAGAUUGGGUAUAGAUAUGAUUGGAGUGGUAAUGCGACGAAACAGACUAAGAUGGUUUGGGCAUGUGGAACGUAUGACAAAAGAUGACUGGGUAAAGAGAUGCACCUUGAUGGAAGUAGGAGGAUCCUAG